GGAGCGGCGGGGGCGCCGCGCGCGUGCGCGGCCGGGGAUGCGCCGGGAACAUCGGCCCGGCCCCGCUCCCGUUCCCCGCUCCUCAUCCUCAUCCCGCCGCCGGUGACCGCCCGCCGCGGAUCGGAGGACGCCGGGAGCGCCGGUAACCGCCCGCCGCGGGGCUAGGAGCGCCGGCAGCGCCCGGGGAGGGAGAGUGGCGUCGCGGUGCUUGGUAACGAGGGCGGCGGCGGCGGGAGUAACGCCUUCCUGAAGGUUUCAGCAGCAAAACACCUCGAGCAGGCACCUCCAGGAGCACAGCAUUGCAGCGGGAGUAGCUGCUGAGUUACACAUUGGGCACCCAAUCCAGUACGGUGUGUUUGGCGCUUCGGCAAACGAGGGAGUGAAGUACGGCUUUCACAGCAAACAAAGGGAAAAAUAAAAAGCUGUGUAAGAAUUCUUGAGUGCUUUUCACGGAGCAGUUGCAGCUGGAUGUUGUCUUCGGUCAGGUCGAUGCCAGUGCGGCAGUUUGGGGGAGGAAGAAGUAAGAGAUCUAAUUGAAGACUGAAUGAAAUUAGGAUAAAGUCCUAGGCUAGGACCAGGAAUUAGUGAUAAGACUCGGCGUGAACGAAGUGAAAGCAUCAGGAGUUUUGGAAGGGAGCUGUGUAGAAAGUUCUUCAGAUAACCAAGAUGCGCUUCCAGUGGGACUGGCUGUGCUUGGGUGUCCUGCUAAUUAGCUCAGUGACUGCAGAAAUUGAAAAUGAAGAAAAUCUGGAUGCAGAUGUUGAAGUGGAGGAUUUUGACAUGCAGUCCCAAGAAACUGAGGUUGACAGAGAUAAACCUUCCAUAGAGGUUGUGUACCAGACUCCAACGCCAACCGGGGAAGUGUAUUUUACAGAAACCUUUGAUGGAGGAUUGUCUGGGUGGGUGUUGUCUAAAACUAAGAAAGAAGACAUAGAUGAUAACAUUGCUAAAUAUGAUGGAAGAUGGGAAGUAGAAGAGCUGAAAGAAAACACAGUGCCUGGAGACAGAGGAUUAGUGUUAAAAUCAGUGGCAAAGCAUCAUGCAAUAUCAGCAAUGCUAACAAAACCAUUUAUUUUUGAUGAUAAACCUUUGAUUGUUCAGUAUGAAGUGAAUUUUCAAAAAGGCAUUGACUGUGGUGGUGCAUAUAUUAAACUUCUCUCCAGUAGUGAUGACUUGAAUCUGGAAUACUUUUUUGACAGAACACCUUACACUAUUAUGUUUGGACCAGAUAAAUGUGGAGAAGAUUACAAACUACACUUUAUCUUCAGACAUAAGAAUCCUAAAACUGGAGAAUAUGAUGAAAAGCAUGCUGAACGUCCUGAUGUAGACCUAAAAAAGUUCUAUUUGGACAAGAAGACACAUCUAUAUACUCUUGUGCUAAAACCAGAUGAUACAUUUGAAAUGUUAAUCGACCAAACAGUUGUCAGUAAAGGAAGUCUUCUUGAGAAUAUGGUUCCUCCAGUAAACCCUUCCAAAGAAAUAGAGGAUCCUAGUGAUAAGAAGCCUGAUGAUUGGGAUGAGAGACCAAAAAUACCUGAUCCAAAUGCUGUCAAACCAGAUGACUGGGAUGAAGACGAACCUUCCAAAAUAGAAGAUCCUGAUGCUGUUAAGCCUGAGGGAUGGCUUGAUGAUGAACCAGAAUAUGUUCCAGACCCUAAUGCAAAAAAACCAAAGGACUGGGAUGAAGAAAUGGAUGGGGAGUGGGAAGCCCCCCAGAUCCCUAAUCCGAAGUGUGAGACUGCACCUGGUUGUGGACAGUGGGUGCGUCCCAUGAAGAACAACCCAAGGUAUAAAGGAAAAUGGAGAGCACCUAUGAUAGAUAAUCCUAACUAUCAGGGAAUCUGGAGCCCUCGGAAAAUACCAAACCCAGACUAUUUUGAAGAUCUUCACCCAUUCAAGAUGACCACUGUCAGUGCUAUUGGUUUAGAACUGUGGUCUAUGACAUCUGAUAUUUACUUUGAUAACUUCAUCAUCUGUUCAGAAAAAGAAGUAGCAGAUCAUUGGGCAGCAGAUGGCUGGGGCUUGAAGAAAUUAGUAGCAAGUGCUAAUGAGCCUGGUAUGUUUAGUCAACUGGUGACUGCUGCAGAAGACCACCCAUGGCUCUGGGUUCUUUACAUCUUGACUUUAGCUCUCCCUGUUGGUCUAGGUGUAUUGUUCUGCUGGCCAGCAAAGAAAACAGAUGAAUAUGACUUCAAAAAAACUGAUGUAUCUAAGCAAAUUAGAAAAGGGGAAUUAAAACAAGAGAGAGAGGAGUUUGAAGAUGAUGAAAUAGAUGAAGAAAAAGAAAAUGAAGAUACAGCUGAAGAUGAGAGAAGAGAAAUGGAGGAGACAAAAAGAGAAUUUUUGAAGGAUACAAAGAAGAUGGGAAGGGAGGCUUCUCUUUCAGAAGAUGAGGGUGAAGGUGGUGAAGAUCUUGAUGAUGAUGAAGAAGAAAAUGAAGUUGCAAAUGAGGAAGAAAACGAAGUUGCAGAUGCAAGUCAAGAAGAAGGUGGUAUGUCAAAUAAAUCUGAUUCAGAAGAUGAGAAGAAAGAAGCCGACGAGGGUACAGGAGAUCACCCGCUGAGAUCAGUGCGCAAAAGAAGAGUACGAAAGGACUGAGUUAUUUCCAGCUGGUAUUUGCAGGUCUAGAUAACAGUAGCUUCUGGUGUGCCACUCCAGUGGGCCUGACAGCAUGCAAGUUGCUGAGCUUUAAAGGAAAAAGGGGAACUCACUGCUACUUAACCUCCUGUUUUAAUCCUCUGACCUCUUUAACCAUCCCGAACUUCCUCGAUUCCCUUUUUUUUAAGGAGAAAUACUAUCUCUGAGGAGUUAGCCGGUGUUUCCAACU